AUGUCAACCAAAAUUUACCUCAUCACAGGCGCCAACAGAGGUCUCGGUCUCGAGUUCGUCCGACAAAUAUCAUCAGAAUCCUCUCAAAACACAAUCCUCGCGUGCGUCCGCUCCAUGCAAGGCGAGCUAGACGACCUAAAAACACUCGCAAAGCAGAACUCCCAAAUCCAAAUUCUCGAAUGUGACACAGGCUCCGUCGAGUCUGUCGUAAAAUGUGGACAGGAAGUCUCCAAACUCCUUGGUAAUGGUCAACUGCAUUACCUUAUCAAUAAUGCCGGUAUCAACAGUGUCCCUGCACGCACAGCUCUAGACGUGACUCCUGAGGAACUUCGGCAGCAUUUUGAGAUUAAUGUUGUUGGGCCGAAUGAGCUUGUAAAGGCUGUUCAGGGCCAUCUGCGGGAGGGGAGUACAGUGUUAAAUAUGACUAGUGGUCUAGCGAGCAUUGGACUUAGUAUGGUGAAGUGUACUGCUUAUGCUGUUAGCAAGACUGCGAUGAAUAUGGUUAAUGCGCAUCAGGCGCAUGCCUUGAAAGAGAAAGGUGUCAGGGUGAUAGUAAUGGAUCCUGGAUGGGUUAAGACAAGGAUGGGUGGUGAUGGUGCGAUUCUUGAGCCACACGAGAGUAUUUCAGGUACUGCGAGAUGA